CAUCAUUUUUGAUUCAUGUCAUUUUUUGCUGGGAGUACAAAAACAAAAAAAAAAGAAAAAUAAAAACAUUUAUGAAACAAAUAGCAUCUCCAUGGCUCCAUGAAAGGCAGUGGAUCUGUUACUUGUACAAGUAAAUACUCGGUAUUAGAUGAAAGCUGUAGCUUAGAUUUGAAGUGAAGUGGGAGUGAGCGUUUCAGCCAGAGCAGAUAGAUAUACGGAAAGAGGAGGCGAUGGUGUAGGAUUCUGAAUUAUAAAGAUGAUGAGGAGUAACAGCAGCAAGGAUACUCCACCAAGUCCCGAUUCUAGGCUCAAUCAAACUCUCCGAAAUGUUCAAGGUUUCAGGUUACUGAAAGGUCGCAGUUUUCCUGGCAAAGUAUUGAUAACACAGAGGGAUGACCCAUUGGAUGCCUCAAAUUUAUAUUCCCCAAGUAGUGGCAGGAGAAUCUCAGAUACCGAGGCAGGGUCAAGUGAACAAAUGGAUGGAUCUUUUGAGGAAGUACAAAACAGAAGUAAUUCAGAAUCUAGUUCAUCUGUUAACAAGAUGAAAUCAUCAGCACCAAAUCCAGAACUGAGUUACAUUGAGAUUCCAAAGUCCCCCAUGGGUUCUAGAGCUACAGAUUCGGCUAGGUUAACGAAGUUCACCAAAGAACUGUCAUCACCAACUGUUAUCUUAGAAAAACUGCGUGAAUUAGCUUGGAGUGGUGUUCCGCCAUAUUUGCGGCCAGCUGUUUGGAGGCUUAUUUUGGGAUAUGCACCCCCUAAUUCAGAUAGAAGGGAGGGAGUUUUGGCAAGAAAGCGCCUUGAGUAUCUUGAUUGUGUUGCUCAGUAUUAUGAUAUUCCAGACACUGAGCGCACAAAUGAAGAGAUAAACAUGCUCCGGCAGAUUGCUGUUGAUUGUCCCAGAACAGUGCCCGAUGUUUCUUUCUUUCAACAAUCACAGGUCCAGAAAUCAUUGGAGCGCAUACUUUACACGUGGGCCAUACGGCAUCCUGCCAGUGGCUAUGUACAGGGAAUAAAUGAUCUGGCAACACCCUUUAUGGUUGUUUUCUUAUCGGAGUACUUAGAGGGAAGCAUUGAUACUUGGCAAAUGGCAGAUCUAGCUCCCGAAAAGAUAUCCAAUGUAGAAGCUGACUGCUAUUGGUGCCUAACAAAGUUGCUUGAUGGCAUGCAAGACCAUUACACAUUUGCUCAACCUGGAAUUCAACGACUGGUCUUUAAGCUAAAGGAAUUGGUUAGACGGAUUGAUGAGCCCAUCUUAAGGCACAUGGAGGAGCAAGGUCUUGAAUUUCUACAAUUUGCUUUUCGCUGGUUCAAUUGCCUAUUAAUACGUGAGAUGCCGUUCCACCUAGUUAGUCGCUUGUGGGACACUUAUCUAGCGGAAGGUGAUGCACUCCCAGAUUUCCUCGUAUACAUUGCUGCUAGUUUCCUACUAUCGUGGACAGAGAAGCUACAGCAGCUCGAGUUCCAAGAUAUGGUAAUGUUCCUCCAACAUCUUCCAACUCACAAUUGGAGCGAUUUGGAGCUGGAGAUGGUGCUCUCCCGCGCUUAUAUGUGGCACGCCAUGUUUAGUAGCUCACCCAGCCACUUAGUUAGCUAAAGAAAGAAUUCUAUGUUUUAACAACAAUGGCCAGGCUACCUUUCCUGUUCUCUUUUUCCCAUUAAAUACAAAUCUGGGAUCUUGUCUUUUUCCUUGAAAGAAACCUGUGUGUUUUCUGUUUAUUCAAUUUUUUUCCUUCAAUUUUCUUGUACUCCGAUUUUUUUAACAUCUGUAUUCUCAAUUUGAAACUAUACAUACGGUUUAGCUUGACUGAACUA